AUGAGUGGUGACCAUAAGAGCUUUACGGUUUUUAACCAGGAGUUUAUCAUUGACCGAGACUUUGAAUUGAUCAAGGCCUUGGGGCAAGGUGCAUAUGGAGUGGUGUGCAGUGCACAGUAUAAGGGUAACGAAGAUGGAGGAAAAGUGGCCAUCAAAAAGGUGACCAACAUUUUCAGCAAAAAGAUCCUAGCCAAGAGGGCUUUAAGAGAGAUCAAACUGCUGCGCCAUUUCCGAGGCCACAAGUAUAUCACUUGCCUGUAUGACUUGGAUGUCAUUCCGGACCAAAAUAAUAAUUUCAACGAGAUCUACCUUUACGAAGAAUUGAUGGAAUGUGACUUGCAUCAUAUAAUCAAAUCAAAACAACCUUUGACUGACAGCCACUAUCAGAGCUUUAUCUACCAAAUUCUCGGGGGCUUAAAGUAUAUCCAUUCAGCAGAUGUGCUGCAUAGAGAUCUUAAACCCGUCAAUCUAUUGGUGAACUCAGAUUGCGAACUUAAGAUUUGUGACUUUGGACUUGCAAGAGGUUAUAGUAGUGAUGCAGAGAAGAAUGCUGGCUUUCUUACGGAAUAUGUUGCUACCAGGUGGUAUCGGGCACCGGAGAUAAUUCUUAGUUUUCAGACAUAUACCAAAGCAAUUGAUAUCUGGUCAGUUGGAUGUAUAUUGGCCGAACUCUUAGGUGGCCGACCCAUUUUUAGAGGAAGAGACUAUGUGGAUCAAUUGAACUUGAUUUUGAGUACGCUGGGUACUGUUUCGGAAGAGACACUUCAGUCUAUCAGAUCAGAGCGUGCCCAGGAUUAUGUUCGCUCCCUGCCAUUCAUGCCCAAGAUCCCAUUCAGCCAGUUAUUUCCCGGUGCCAACCCUGAAGCGAUAGACUUACUGGAUCGAAUGCUCACGGUAGAUCCCACUCACAGAAUUACAGUUACUGAGGCUUUAGAGCAUCCAUAUCUCAAGGUUUGGCAUGAUCCUAACGAUGAGCCCGUCUGUUCUUCCAAAUUCGAUUUCUCGUUUGAGGUCGUGGACGAUAUAGAAACGAUGAAGCAAAUGAUUGUAGAUGAAGUGCUAUCACUUAGAGAAUUUGUCAGACGACCAAUUCAAGAGCAGCAGUUACCAUUCACUGAACCUGACAAACAUUUUGAUGUUAGCUUUGACCAACCGCAAAUCGAGCCCCCCGCUGAAAACUAUAGAGAUGAUCAUCUUCCUAGACCUCAUGAAUUAGAGUCCCAAAUUUUGGAUCUAGAACAUGAAUUACAAUACGGAUUGGAUCGGUAUGGUACACAGUAA